AUGGCGAACACCACAGAUGUCAUGGCGAAGUCGGUGCAUGGAACCAACCCUCAGAACAUGGUGGAGUACAUCAUCAGGCAGAAGAUCUAUGACUCUGUGUAUUGGAAAGCGGAAUGUUUCGGCCUGACCGCAGAGCUCCUGGUCGACAAGGGAACCGUCCUGCGAUAUGCUGGCGGGAUGUACGGCGAGCCGCAGCGGCCUUCAGAGUUCCUCUGCCUCAUCCUGAAGAUGCUCCAGAUCCAGCCCGACAAAGACAUCAUCGUGGAGUUUAUCAAGGAUGAUGCCUUCAAGUACCUGCGACUCCUGGGCGCAUUCUACAUGCGGCUCGUCGGCCGUCCCGUCGACGUAUAUCAGUAUCUGGAACCCCUGUACAACGACUUCCGGAAGGUCCGGGUCCGAGAGUCCAAGGGCGCCUUUGCGCUAAGCUAUGUCGACCAGGUCGUCGACGACAUGCUCACCCGCGACUACUGCUUCGACAUCGCGCUGCCUCGUCUUCCGGCUCGCAAGGUCCUAGAGGAGGCGGGGCAGCUGCAGCCCCGGGUCUCGGUGCUGGACGAGGAGUUUGAUGAGCAGGCCCUGGCGGAGGAGCAGGCGGAGGCGGCAGCCGCUGCCACGUCUGCCGCAGCUGCACUGAAGCUGCAGGAAAGCGCGGCUUUAGAGACCGCCACGCCCACAGAGCCUGCCGCGCCCGCAGAUGCGUCACGUGGCGGUGCUGAGGCAGCAGGAUUGGAUGCAGAGGUCGCCGAGGCCAAUGCCCUGAGGGCCAGCCUGGGCUUGAAGCCACUGGCGUAG